CGACCUGCUUCGGUUAGCUGUUGUGGCUGUCUAGAUCAGCUGUCCACACGCUACGAGGUCGUUCUUUAGCCAUUCCGGAAAAAUUGCAGCUUUCUCAGGGUCGCUAUAAUGAUGGCAAAGUAGAACUCCCCUCGCCUAGGAUUUCUGAUCACAGUACACGUCUUCGAUGGCGGGAGGGAGAGCAUUUCCAAGACUGAGCCGCAAUGAACAACAGCAACAUUCUAGACCCGGCCCUUGGCGGACGAGUGGUGGACAACUCACACGAAGAUGACCACGAUGACAGACCUCCACCGAAGCGAGCAAGAUCAUCCUUUACGAGCGCCAACCUGCAAUCAUCGCCACUUGGAACAUCAAUGGAAAACUCCCAAUCUGCUCUCCAAGCGCUUAUGUCUGACGUGCCUGAUUACCCACGACGGAGAGCGACGAUAGCAUGCGAAAUUUGUCGAUCGCGAAAGUCGAAAUGCGACGGAAAUCGUCCGAAGUGUAAACUAUGCACCGAGUUGAACGCAGAGUGUGUCUAUCGCGAGCCAGGAAUCAAGCUGGACGCCGGCGACAAGCUCAUUCUUGAGCGACUUGCGCAUAUUGAAGGCCUGCUGCAUUCAAACUUGCUCGGCUCUGUGAGCUCGCCAGGAGCGCAUGUCGGUCCUAUAUCGCCUGCGACGAGCAACACUGCAUCUGAAGAUUUGCAUUCAAAGCGUGCACACACUUUUGCAGCGGGCGUUGGCCUAGCACCGCUCGGCGGCGGUGGCAUAUCGCUCGCUACGAACAUAUCUACAAUGCCCAAAGCUCAUACGACGCCAGCGCUACACCUGCUGCAAUGGCCGAUGAUUCGUGAUCUCGUGUCAAGAAGUUGUGACCAACAGGUCUUGCUGCAACUGGAAGUGGUGCGACCUGCGUUGGACCUACAGCCACCUUAUAGCCUCGAUCUGGACCUGGCAGGGAAGCCAUCUGCAUAUGUUCGCUCGUUCUUCGACAAAGUCAAUGUUUGGUAUGCGGUGGUCAAUCCCUAUACAUUUGCUGGAAUCUGUCGCCAAGCAUCUGCCGUCGGCUUCCGUUCUGGAGUCGAGACUUGCAUCGUUCUACUUGUCCUUGCUCUUGGUCAGGCUGCGCAUUCUGGCCAUAGCAUUUCCCGUGUGCCGCAAGAUCAAUCGCCGCCCGGAAUGGCCUACUUCAAUGCAGCAUGGCUUCUCAUGCCUGCAGUCAUGAUUCGGAACGACGUGGCGAGCGCGCAAUGCCACCUUUUGGCUGCCGCAUAUCUCAUGUAUCUCGUUCGCCCUCUAGAAGCCUGGAAUAUACUCUGCGCCGCUUCUGCAAAAUUACAGCUACUGCUUCAAAACCCAAGCGCGAUACCAGCGCAGGACAAAGAGCUUAGUGAGCGCAUCUACUGGAACAUUCUUAUGAUCGAAUCGGAUCUGCUCGCAGAGCUAGAUCUACCGCACACGGGAAUCGUGCAGCUUGAAGAGAGUAUGCGAUUGCCUCGCAGCUUCCCCUUCGAUGCAGCAGCCGCAGCUCGCGACGAAAGCCCAGGGGAGGAUGACAUCUGGUAUUUCCUGGCAGAGAUCGCAUUGCGCCGCCUUUUGAACCGUGUGUCGCAUGUGAUCUACAGCCAGAAGCGAAAUUCUAUCGCUUCUCUUGAGCCGGUGGUGGCCGAGCUCGAAUUUCAGCUCAAUCAGUGGUACGAAGGACUGCCAGUCCCCAUUCGUUUUCCACGCGAACGAGUGCCGGCUCAAGGUCAUGUACAGACUGUCCUCCGGCUUCGAUACUUCGCAUGCCGCACGAUCAUCUUCCGUCCUUACAUACAGGCAGUGCUUGGCGACGAGAACUUGAUUCAUGAGCCUGGAGUUCGAACAGCUUGCGAGAAAUGCUUGGAUGCUUGUGUGCGGCAACUCGAUCGCAUCAAUGUGCAUCACGAGGGGCACCUACCCUAUCUCUUUCAGGGGGCACUUUCCAUCACCAGCCAGAUCCUCUUGUUGAUGGGCGCCACACUUUCCCGAAAUCUGAGUGCCAUGCUGCCGCCAAAACAGCAGCUUGAUACUCUGAUCGCAGAUGUACUGGCAGAGACCCAGAAUGUUGCACACCUAGCGCCAAGCAUUGGGUUAUGCGCGGACAUUGUUCGAGAAGCUGAUGAGAGAAGACAAGUUAUUCUGCAGCGGCCCAGAUGA